CCAAAUAUGAAGGUACAGAUCUUGCUCCUGCUCCCCAUGGCCUUUCUCCUGCCCCCCAGGGCUUGGGCUGGUGAGAUCAUUGGGGGAAAGAAAGCGAAGCCCCACUCCAGACCCUACAUGGCCUAUCUGGACAUACGAGAUGGAGACAAGAGGUCUCGCUGCGGAGGGUUCCUGGUGGCGGAGAACUUUGUGCUGAUGGCCGCUCACUGCAAUGGAGACGAGAUCACUGUCACGUUGGGAGCACAUAACAUUAGAAAACGGGAAUGGAGUCAACAGAAAAUACCUGUGAGGUCCCAGAUCCUGCACCCACGAUACAACAGAGACAUCUGUAACAAUGACAUCAUGCUGCUGCAGCUGGCCCACCAGGCCAGACUGAGUGACCAGGUUCAGCUCACCCCCCUGCCCUGCUAUGGGAACAAAGUUAUACCAGGGUCCGUGUGCAGCGUGGCAGGCUGGGGCCACAUGAGUGUGUCCCCUGGGAACACCUCAGAUGUGCUGAUGGAGGUGGUUCUGGAGGUGAUGGAGGACAAGGUCUGCAGUAGGCACUUUAACAAUCAGUAUAAACCUGGGACCAUGCUGUGCACAGGGGAUCAGCGUGGCAGGAAAUCAUCUUUCCAGGGCGAUUCUGGGGGGCCCCUGGUGUGUGGGAGGGUGGCCCAGGGCAUCGUCUCCUUUGGUCCCAAUGACGCUUCCCCUCCUGAAGUGUACACACGGGUCUCCCAGUUCAUCCCCUGGAUAAAGGCAAUGAUAGGAAAGCUACAAGCCUGGGACCCGCUGGAAUUCUCCUUGCAUGCCUGA